GUUAUUUAAGAGCUGGAUUCGAUUAUUCCAUGUAAAAAUUAAAACAUAUAUUUUCAAAAAUAUACAUAAAUAAAAAUUUGUAGAAUUAAAUGUUGAAAUAAUUAUAAAUGUGACAUUAUAAUUAAUUGUGCGUGAUAAAAAAAUUUUCUGAUAAUUUUCCAAGUGAAAAAUAAUAAUUUAUUACAAUCAUAAUAAUACUAAUAAUAAUUUAAAAAAUGCAAGCAGCAAAUCAGGCAGAAAUUCUUCGAGCUCAUCAGCGAGACGAUGAAUUUCUCAAAGAAUUAGAUAAAAAAUUAAUGAAAUCUUUGAGUAAAAUAAAAAACAAAAAAAUCUUAUCGUACUUACAAAACAAUGCUGUGAAAUUGUUGUAUUUUAUGUUUACAUCUGGGUCAGGAAACUUGACUUUGGGAGAAGAAUAUACUGGAAUAACACAGGCCAAUUUACAAGACAGACAAAUAGUUCCUAUAAAUGCGAGACUUUUGUGUUUACUCAUGGAAUUAUUUGGAGAAAGAGAACUGAUUAAAAUAGUGGACAAGUUCAAACAUUCAGUAUCUGCUAGCACUGAAAUAAAUCAUAAGGAUAAUUUAAUAAAUAUUUUAAAUAUACUGAGACGUUUCAUUCCAGUUGCUGUUGUACUUCAAAAAUGUUUGUUCUACCUGGUGAACUUCCGGUUCAGCAUAAGUCAGCAAAUUACUGGCAUCGAUUACGCAAAGAUUUCCGGGAUGACUCCAACAAAUGACGUCAACUUGGGACUAAAAUUACUGGGAUUGAUUAGUCUCGUUCAAUGCGUGUUGCAGAUUCGGCAGAGCAGCAUCAGUGAUGAUCAGGAUGAGGAUGAGGAUUUCCCAGCUGGAAGUAACAGCAUCAAUGAAAGCAGCGUCAAAUGCCAGCUAUGUUUCAGUACAAAGCCAUCAGCAGUUACUCCAUGUGGUCAUUUAUUCUGUUGGAAUUGUCUUGCUGAAUGGGUCCGGGUCCAAUCGCAAUGUCCUUCUUGUCGUGAACAUUUUACGUCUUCUAGAAUUGUUCCUUUACUUAAUUUAUGAUUGUUAAUUUAUACAUAAUUAAUAUUUUAUUGCAUAAUUGUAAAUUUAUAAAACUACUUUAAUUCCCUGAUAGCCGGACAUUCUUCAAAAACUUGCUGUUCAGUUUACUGUCAGGUUUUUGCUGUUACAAAUUUUGACAUCUGGUAUUGUAACGCAAGUUGAUAGAAAAUCUUACCUGAAAAUUGAAAAACAGAAGUUGGCUUGAAAUUUACAAAAAAUCGCGGGAAAAAAUUCGAAGAGUAAAAUGUUUAGCUUCAAAUUGAUGAAAAGCUUGCGUCAAUUUCUACGUUAAAGUUUUUGAAAACUUGACAUCAAAUUUGAGCCAUGGAUUUCUGUCAACUUGCGAUAUAUUUGGGUAUCAGAUUAUUAUUAUAGGGUUGAAGUACCAUUUGGGGCCACUUCUCUAUUUUUGGACGUUUAAUACUUUAUUUUAAUAAAUAAAAACAUAAUCAACGAAAUGUACAUUAUAAUAGUGGGACAAAAGUACCUUUGAACAUAUUUAAAAUUAAUUAUAUGCUUGCGUAUUUUACAAACGAUACCUCUUUUAUAUAUAAAUUAUUUCAAAACCAAUAAUUUCUUGCUUCCAAGCCCAUAAAUUUAUUAUCAAUA